AUGGGAAGUGCCUCGAUGUCCCCGAUGAUGGCCGCGGGCAGCUCCUUGUGCCUGUGCCUCUCCAUGAUGCUCUGCUGCCUGCUGCCGAUCAUCAUCCUCGCGUCGAUGUCGAUGCCGGGCUGCCCAGAGGACUGCGCGGUGGAGGGCGUAAGUUGCCGGGACGAGCCGUCCAGGGAGGCGUUGUGCCAGGAUAUCGAGAGGUAUUCUUUCGGUUCUUUCUACCAGGCUCACUUCUUCAAUUUCAUGAGCUCCGGCGGGUAUGGAAACAUCAGCGAGUACACCGAGAUCAACCGGAUGGCGGGAAGACACAUCGAAUACCUAUUUAUGUUCUCCGCCUUGCUCGGCAAGUUGUGGAUGGUGCUAUGGUUCUUGGGCACGGUCUUCUACCUGUUCCCCAAGGCCCGUGACGAAGAGAGCACCGCUUUCACGUCGCCGCCGAGCACCAUGGGAAAGUCGUACCCGCAGGGCGACGUGGCCUAG